CAGGCCCGCACCAUUCGAUAACAAUCAUCUUAUCUUUUGUUCUUCAGAAACACAAUCGCUUUUGCAAUUGUAAGAUCUUACCACUCUACAUUUAGCAGCGCCGUCGAUUUCGUGAAAUCGUACAUGUAAGUUUGGACUUCGUAUGCGACAAUGACUAUGUAAAUUUAAUCGCCAUAAUUACAACCGCACAAAACUUGCAGCUCUAAAGCUACAGUAUUUGCUACCCGUCUUUCUACCUACCAUUCCACCACGAUAACUUGUUCCUCAACUCGAAAAUCAAUCCACAUAUAAUCUAUAAACUACCACCAAAAUGGCAACUCCAACACCAGGAAAAUAUCCCGGUGUAGCAGCUACACCACCCGUUUCAACUCCAUUUUCUACAUCUCAUCUAGCAUUCUCUCCUCAUGGACCGCGUUCUGUUGUCCCAUCUCCUUCUCAAAUCAAGAAAUCUAGUCCAGCAGGAACUUCAAUGUCGAAUCAAGGAUAUAAUAUGGGGAUGGUAGGAUUUGAUAGUCCUUCUGCUGCAUUAGCAUUGGGGAUGGGUGCGGAUGUGGUAGGAGAUUUGGGAAUUGAUUUACAUGGAAUUGGAGCAUUGGGUGGAGGUCCGGGAAAGGAUGAGGAGGAGAAAAGGAGGAGGUUGAUGGCAUGUAUUGAGAUUUUGAAGGUGAGUUUAAUUGGGUUGGAUGGCGGAAAAGCGAGAAAUUAUUUGUGGUGGUAUGGAUUGGCAAUACUAAUGUGGUUGAAUAGCCAAAUAAAGGGCGACUUAGUGAAGCUGGGCUCGAAAGAUUAGCACGAAGAGUAGGAUUAGAAUGUUUAUGGGAGGAUUCAAUGGGCGGCGCGAGCAAUGGGCGAACACUUAUUAUAGCAGGGAAUGCUCUCGCGCUCGAUAUCGAUUUUGCGAAUAAUAUCGUACAAAAAGUUUCGCUAUCGUUCCCUGAUGCGCCAGAAUCAGUAACGAAACAUGAGAAGACGGCCUCCGAUAUUUUGUUGAAGGAUUUACAAUUCGAAGCUGGAGAGAGUCCUUUGACGAAGAUGCUAGAUCGAUUCGCGGCAAACUUGGAGAGGUUAACUAUGUUGGAUAAAUUGAGCGUUAUACCUGGACUUAAUUGUCAUGAGGCGGUUGCGGGGAUAUAUUGUAGUUUACAUAAACUAUAUAAUUGGGAGUUGAGCAGGUUGGGGGAGAAUGAUAUGCUGGGAAUGGGGGAUGAGGAAAUUGUGAAGGCGGCGAUGUGUAUCAGGAGUGGCAUACCAGUUAUGCAUUCAAGGAAAAGAUUGGGAUUGAGUCUGGAUUAUUGGCAAGAAAAACGACGAAUUCCAACAAAGGAAAAGGAAAAGAAUAGGAAGACAUGGUCGUUAUUGGUUGAAGUCGCACCAUUACCUUCAUUAGUAGUGGGGGUGUAUACCCCUCUACGUGUGUCUGAUAAAUGGAUAUCAGAUGAUAUUCAGAAAGCAGAUCCAGCAGUCGACGAGUUAUUUCAGGCAGCACAAUUACGCCAAGGGCCAAUUUUAGAUUGGUUGGAACCUGACAAUACUCUUUUACCGUCAAAUUCUGAUAAUAAGACGGAUGGCUUGGAUGUUGGAGCACAAAAAUUCCCAGAAGCUAUUUUCGUUGCGAAAUUUGAUCCGCCAAUUAUAGUACCUUACGCAAUCGCAAUGCAGAUAUAUCAAUCAACCCAAACGCCUUUUGAUUUUUCGGAAAUCACAACGUUUGAUGGACUUAUGUUUCCGCUAAGUGCGGAGGAAGCAUUGAAGACUAGCGAAACACAAGCCAGAACUAUUAACAUGGAGAGGAAUGUUCCUGUUUGGGAUCGAGAAGGGAAGAAGAGGAUAGAGCAACAUAGUAACACGUUGUUUAUUGAGAAGAUUGAUUAUGGAAGGCAGGUGGAGGAGGUAUCAUUUAGUCAUCCAAGACAAUUGGUGGAAAUGUUGCCAUGUUUGAGACAAUUUGCCUUUUUGAGCACGAUUUUGAGAAAAAGUUUUGGGGCGGAAGAAAAUUCGAAAUUAAAAUCAAAGGAGAGAGAUUCAUCUAAAGUUGAUACAGUCUCCAAGUCUCCAGAACCAGAAAUUAUCAAUCCUCCGACUAAGAAACGGGAAUUUGAGGAUUUUAUGAAGGGUCUUAUUGCAACGCCAACGCGAACAUCAACUUCCAUAGCAAAACAAGAGAAAGGGAAAAAAGAUAAAUCAAAACAUCUAGAUGUUUCAUUAACAUUAACUCCGGUACCUAGAGUCCAAGUAGUAUUUGACUUUAAAAAAAGAAGCGCGAAUGUGGUUUUUGAAAUUCAGGGGAAUGGAGGCGUGGUUGUGGUGGAUGAGAAUGUUUUACGUGGCGUAACCUUGGAAGGGGAUGAUGUAGUAGGGGAGGAAAAGGGGAGAAUUCCCACGAGAGAUGAUUUGGGUAGAGUGUUGGAGGUUUGUGAGGAUUUGGGGGUUUGGGUUGAGUGGGUUAGGAGGAGGUUGUAAGUUGUUGGUUGUGGGGGGGAGGGUAUUUGGGAGGUGAUUUGGAGAUGAGGAUGGGAGAGGGGAGAGUGAGAUGAGUGAAGAAAGAGAGCGGAGAAAAGCGAAUAUGGCGUGUAUAA